UGAUACAGUUGUGGGUGCGCACGAAUGUUAUUGAGUCCAAAACAUUGUACUGGUCCUUGUUGACGUGACGUCACCAAAUUAGGGAGCUGGGAUGUGAGCUCCGCGCGCCCUGCAGUCAGAGCUGAGCGGGGCUGCGCUCUCUGCACACGGACCGCAGCGACAAGGCCUAAAAACAAUGAUGGAACUAAUGACAGUGUCUCCCUCCCAUUACCUCAAUUCAACACACACCUAUGGAAGAAACGUCUCCCUGUUUGAAGAGUAUGACUACAGGGAUGACUACAUGGAGGACCACGCUGACCUGAGACGUUCCCUAAACAUCAUGUCUGUCAUCGUUUACAGCCUUGCUUUCUUUCUCGGUGUGCUUGGGAACGGGGUGGUCAUCUGGGUAGCGGGCUUCAAGAUGAAAAAAACAGUCAACACAGUUUGGUUCCUCAACCUCGCAGUGGCGGACUUCCUCUUCACGGCAUUCCUGCCUCUCAGUGUGACCUACACCGCCAUGGAAUUCCACUGGUGCUUUGGGAAGUUCAUGUGCAAGCUCAACACCACCAUAAGCUUUCUGAACAUGUUUGCCAGUGUUUACAUCCUGGUAGUGAUCAGUGUGGACAGAUGUGUGUCCGUGGUGUGGCCCGUCUGGGCCCAGAACCACAGAAACGUUCGUAAGGCGUCCUGUGUGAGCGUCUGCGUGUGGGUGCUGGCUUUGGUUCUCAGCGCCCCGUACUUCGUCUUCAGGGACACGGGGCCUUCCUUCUUCAACCAAAACAUCAUCAACUGCUUCAACAACUUUGCUUUCUCUGACGACUACGAAACUCCAUCGGUGAAUCAGCUGAGACUUUUUCGCCAUCAAGUCAUGACCAUCACCCGCUUUCUCCUGGGAUUCGUCAUCCCGUUCUCUGUCAUCGUCUUCUGCUAUGCGGUCAUCAUCCAUCGGCUCAGAAGGAACCACACUUUGGCCAGCCAGUCAAGCCGGCCGUUCAGAAUCAUCGCCGCCAUCAUCGUUACCUUUUUCCUGUGCUGGUCUCCCUUUCACAUCAUGGGUCUGAUUGAGUUGGUGACUCACAUGGUAGAUAGUGAGACACUGGGUCACGUCAUCACUAUAGGAAUCCCAAUAGCCACAAGUCUGGCUUUUCUCAACAGCUGCUUGAACCCACUUCUCUAUGUGUUCAUGGGCCAGGACUUCAAGGAUAAAGUCCGCAAAUCAAUCCUGAAUGUGCUGGAGACUGCUUUCCAGGAGGAAGCGUCUCGCUCACACACCUGCACAAUCUCAGUGAUCACAAUCCGGAGCAAAGACAAGUCCUUUUCUGAUCCUGAGCUGCUGAGCUUUCACUAAAAAACUCGCUUUUAAACCUAAAGUAAAGAUAUUUCUGACUCUGUUAUCAUUAUUGUCUCUCUGUUAAAGUUUAGCUGCAUUUUGAAAGCACUAUAACUAAUUUCAUGCAUGACAAACCCUUUACUUAAUGAUCAAAGUUAGAGGAAUAUAGGCCCAACCUAAUAAUAAUAAUAAUUACAAAAUAGUCCUUUUUGAAAACAUCAACUAUGCUGCACCACUUUAAAAAUGCACAUAGGAUCAUAUAGAUGAUAUAGUGCAGUUAUUCUAAAAUAACUUUGAAUUCAAAAUGAUUUAGGAGAUUAUACAAUACAAGAGUGUGCCAAAAAUGUGAGAUUAUCAUUUAAUGUGAUUUGUAUCCUGUUCAGUCUGAGAUUUUGCAAUUGAAGGCGUCUGCUCAUGUUUAGCAGACACUGUUCUCUUGGAUCCAUUUCAGAGAUUUUGAUAAAAAGCCAUUUAAUUUUUAUUGAGUAAUGAAAAUAUAUGACUUUAGCAAAUAUGGGGUGUGGCCAUAAAUUGUGAAAAUAAAUUAAACCUUGUGUGUGAAAUUAUGUUGGAUUUUUUUAAACGCCAACUGUGUGGUUAACCUCAUUUAAUUACAUUCUUCUGACUUUUUUUCUUUUUUUUUUGCAGUUUUCCUGUUUAUGAAUACUAUUUAAAGGUAAAGUUCAAUCUUUUUUCUGGUUAAUAGAAUGUUAAUAGAAAGUGAUGAUCAUUACAUCUAUUGACCCCAUUCUGUUUCAGUGAAAUCACUAGAGUACACUAGAGGGAGCUCUUUCCAAAAUGUAAUUAUUACCAGAAACAGACUUUUUCAGAAAAACUGAGUCAUAGUUUGAUGACUUUGGAUUAAUAAUUCUACAAAUACUUCAGAUGAAUGAUAAUCUACAAAUAAUUCAAACAUGUUUUUGUUAAUCUUAGCUGGAUAUGAUUUUUGGAUAUGAUUUUUCUUUUUUAAUCAGCAACCUUUGCAUGUUUUUUCUCCCAUAAUUAUAAGACAUCCAGCAGGCAUGGAAUACAUAAAAGUACUGGGUAUUUUUUUUUUUUUUUGUUAUCCCCGCUUAGACACACAAACUGUUGGAAUAGUGGAACUGCAGUCCUGAAAUAUUGGGGUAAAUUAGAGUCAUAAAACUAUAAAUAAACAAGAAGGUGGAAAAUAUUCAGCUUUCCUGAAUUUGUAAAAAUGAGUUUCACUGAUGAGUGGACAUGGUUGUAUGAAAGGAAGUUGUAAUUUGUUGUGAUAGAGACUUUUCUGCUAUCUUCUUCAUAAAAGCAGAAAAUAAUUUGACUUCAGUAUUAUCCUUUGAACUGGAAAAUGUUUCAAAAAAUGAUAUUAAAACAAUGUGUUGCUGUUAUGCUUAAAAAAAUGUUCUGACAAUUUCAUUUCUAAUAAAUGUUUGAUGAAAUACUUGAGUCUUUCUGAACUGAUGUGCCUUACAGAACACAAAUAUCCACAAAUAGUUUUCUAAAGCCUUGAUAUUGAGAAACUAAUCUCAAUUUAAGUAUUUGACAAGGUAAUUAGACAUUUCAAAUUUAAGUUUGAAAAUGUUUUUCACUCAUCUAAUGUGUUUACAUUAUAUUUUUGAUAUCCUAAAUCUUGUUCUCUUGAUGUUCUGAGAUGAAGUACUGCUUGUGUACUGGGAACUGUUGUUUUACUGUGUUUUAUUAGGCUAAAUGAAUACAAAUUUAAUCUGUUCCUUUGCUCAAGUUUUUUUAAACAUUUUCUAAAGACAAUCAAAAUUAAUAAAAAUAAGUUGAUUAAGAAACUUACAAGCAAGAAAGUACUAAACCAAAAUACGGAAUAUUCAGAAGUGUUCAAGUUACUGUCAGGAAGUGGUGG